AGCUUUCAUCAUGCCACCACGCUUCUAAUUCUCCGCUUCGGGUGCUUUAAUAUCCCUGCCACGACCUCUGCCUCACGGACCGUUGGGGACGAGGAUCCUUUACUACUAUGGACGCGAUUCGAAUUCGCUUUACGAAGUGUGGCGAUGUCUUUCAAAGAUUCAACUUUAGCGAUGAUACAGAAGAAGAAGUUGUAUUCAACUCUUUGCCACACAGUACGAUACAAGUGGAUGUUGGUGUGACCGAACUGGCUUCGAGCAGUAAUCUGGACCGAGGCUCUGCAUGGUACCUGGGUGCAAGGACUAGAACGUCAAACGAUGAACCUGGGGUUCAGCUAGCGAUCAAACUUGCUACUCACAUUGAGGUGCAACCGCGGACGGAGCAGUAUGAAGUAGCUCAAUCGCUCAAGGAAGAGGCACUCUUCUACUCGCGCUACCUCAAAAAGCUUCAAGGUCGCGUCGUGCCCGUCCAUUUCGGAUUCUGGAUCGGCCGGACAUCGUGGGCUGUGCGAUUUUGGAAUGGGGUGGCCAUCCGUGGCCAUGCAGGGUGGAGAUCAAUACGCAUGAAAAUCGGUACGCCACGGUUUUUUUUUUUUCACCGCAAGGCAUUCAGGCAGACUUUUGUACGUGUACAUAGGAUGAAAUUUGGCGCGGCCAUUCAAGCAUUGCACGAUGCAGAUGUGGAACAUCGUCAGCUGGAUGACCGUCAUCACUUGCUUUACAACGAGGGUUCUGGGGACGUUCGGAUCGUGGAUUUCACGCAGGCUACAGGACGUCAUGUAUGUCAGCGCCAGCUGCCUCUAAUUCGCUAUGCAGCCUGUCCAUCAGAGAAGAUCAUGCGGUGCGACGAGCUGAUCCAAGCUGGGAAGCUUCUGGGACUCUUUGGCUCUGCGCCUGAGGAUCAAGAUACGGACAUGAAGAGGGCAUGCAUGUUUUACAAGCGCCAGAGGGCUCUGGGACUUUCGCAUUCUCUGGCCCUCGAGGCCCAGUUGCAAUUCCUUUUGCGGUAUCGGGAUAAUCACUGGCAUAGAACCGGACAGCUUGAGAGUUUGAAACUGACUGGGAGACCUCGCAGCUGCACCCGCCAUAGUCCUGUUACUCCGGAGGUAAUAGAUACGAUCCUCAAGGAGACUGGUGUGUCUAGACGGGGAUCAAAUUCUAUUCGGAUCCGGAGUAAUACGUUUUCUCCGUAGUUUGACCACUAUUGGCACCAUCGUCUGCUCUAUACACGUACUUCAUUGCGUGCUUAUAUCUGGUGUACGCCUCGCACUUUUUUUACACUCAACGGUAGCGGAAACAUUACAGUGUCACUAACAUCCUUUCUAAUCCCAUAGAGUUGU